UGAAGAGGUCAUUGAAGCCGGUAGGGGAAGUAUUUUGCCGCAUUUCGAUAAGAAUUCGCUAUUCUGCAUGUGCGUGACAUCGUGACUGGUUACUAAAAAUACGCGGGUCAUAAAUUUUGACGGAAGUGCAUGAUAAAUAAAGAAGAAGGAAAAGAGAGAAAAAAUAGAAUCUGGGCGAAUCAAAUCGAGUGUUAAGAAGAAAGGAGUGGGGAGAUUGGUCAUAGCGCGGGAGAUUUUAUAAUUUCGGCUUAUUAACAGUUGGCGAGUCGCGAAGUGAGCCGUGGAUUAAUUGACAGUCUGUGAAACUUUUCUAAAAGUAUCAAGAGGACAAUAGUGUAGAUUGAAUUUCUUGUAAAGAAAAGUCUGAAGCUGUGCGAGAUAGUGUACGGUAUUUUGUUAGAAGUGAUUUGUGUGGAUAUAAAGUAGUUUUCUGAAAUCUCUUGCAGCUGAUGGAAUGAGUCAAUAUGUUACCUAGUUUCAGUUCGUCGUUGCUGCUGAUCUUGGCGCUCCUAAACGUGGCAUGCGCUCAAGUAGAUAUUUUUGCUGAAAAAAAAGAGUCAGGUCACGAUUUGCUUCAGGCUGCUGUCUCAAUCCUUGACGACAAAACUCAAUAUUUCGACGAUGGUUUGGACAGUUUUCCAGCCUUUGGGUUUCGCCCAGGUUCGGAAGUUAAGCAACCAUACAGGCUCUACCUUCCUGAGAAACUUUCGGCCGAAUUCACUUUGGUAGCGACUUUUAAGCCGAUGUCCAAUAGACCAAGCUAUCUUUUUGCAGUUCUUAAUCCCUUCGAAACUGUCGUCCAAUUGGGGAUUCGCAUUUCGGACGGACCAGCAUCCAAUCAAAAUGUGUCUCUCGUCUAUACAAAUUCAGACCAGCAUUCCCACUCUGAGGAUGUCGCUAAGUUUACCGUACCCAAACUGACAAAGAAGUGGUCGAAAAUUGUUAUCAAGGUCUCUGUAACUAAUGUUACUCUUUACCUCAAUUGCCACGAAAUGGCAAGUCAAAAAGUUACCAGAAUCCCUCAGGAAUUGGUCUUCGAUACUGCAAGCACUCUAUACAUUGCUCAAGCUGGACCACACAUCCAGGGGAAAUAUGAUGGUCUUCUUCAAACUUUAAAACUCUACACUGGACACCCUCAGGACCUCGUCAAAUGCAAUGCAGAGUUCGACUUCCCUUCGGGAUCCGGCUCGGGUGAUUUUGAACCGAUCGAUGGUUCAGGAGAUGUUGAUUUAGACGCCGUGGUCGUUGGCUCUGAUGAGGAUGAGGAGACGGACGAGGAAGUUAAUCCACCCCCGCUUAUUACACCCCCACCCCCUAACCCGGAUGGUAAAGGUAUGAAAGGCGAAAAGGGUGACAAAGGUGACAAGGGUGAAACUGUGAGAGGCCCUCCGGGACCUCCAGGUCCUCCAGGAAACGGCUUCGACCUUAACGAUGAGGAAUAUAUAGUGAAUAUGCCAAGAGGUCCGCCAGGUCCGAAAGGUGACCAGGGAAAUUGCAGCUGUAAUGCUACAGCUUUGCUGACGUCCUUUACGAUGCCGAAAAUGAUUCAGGGUCCCAAAGGAGAAGCUGGAAUAGCUGGAAAGGAAGGAAAACAGGGACAAAUGGGACUCACGGGUGCUGCUGGACCUCCAGGGGAGAGAGGACAACAGGGUCCUUUAGGGCAAAAGGGGGAUAAAGGUGAUAUUGGAAUGACUGGGCCAGAAGGAUCUCAGGGUCAAAAGGGCGAUCCUGGAAGAGAUGGAAUUCCAGGCGAAAAGGGAGCUCAAGGACCUCCAGGACCUCCAGGCAAAGGAGAAUUUUCCGGUUACGAUCCUAGCUGGAAACCUCGAGGCGGAUACAGAGGUGAAGGUAUCACUAUGCGGCCAGGAUUACCAGGACAAAAAGGAGAUCCUGGAUUGCAGGGUAAUACUGGGCCUAAAGGUGAUUCUGGAAUUCCAGGAAAUAAGGGUUGCAAAGGUGAAUCAGGACAUAAAGGGUCAAAAGGAGACCAUGGAAAAGAAGGUCAUAAAGGAAAUCAGGGCUUCAAGGGGGAACCCGGUGCACCAGGAACUCCUGGACUGCCUGGUGCACCUGGUGAAAAUGGAAGGCCUGCUGAAAAAGGUGCAAAGGGAGAUGCGGGCCCUGAAGGAAAAGUUGGACCUGCUGGACCACCUGGACCACCUGGAGUUGGUGGAAUCAAUGUGGGGGAUACAGCUUCAGGAGUGAAAGGAGAAAAAGGAGAACCAGGAACACGUGGCUACAAAGGGGAACUUGGAUUGAAGGGUGAGAAGGGUGAUAAGGGAGAUUUUGGUCCAUCUGGUAUCCCCGGGGUGAAUGGAAUUCAAGGACCUCAGGGUGAUAAGGGAGAUCCCGGUAAGGACGGGAUUUCUGGGUCUCCUGGAAUUCCGGGAUCCAAAGGAGAUAGGGGAGAACGAGGCCCACCUGGACCAACGACAAUAGCAGGAUCUGGUGAUUACAUUACAAUCAAAGGCGAAAAGGGUUCUGAAGGGAAAAAGGGAAGGAGAGGAAAAUCUGGAUCUCCAGGUCCUCCGGGUCCUAUGGGACCUCCAGGAAAACCUGGAACUGUGGGAGAAAUUGGUCUACCAGGUUGGAUGAACAAGGGUCGACCGGGAACUCCUGGUGUUCCUGGGAGUCCAGGACCUCUGGGACCAAAAGGCGACAAAGGAGAACCUGGUGCUCCAAGUCCUUAUGGAGUUUCUGUUGGUUUGAAAGGUGACAAAGGGGACGAUGGUUUUCCUGGAAUUCCUGGUCAACCUGGAAGAGAUGGUCAAAGAGGACCCCCAGGAGCCCCGGGCCCUGCAGGACCAACGGGUCCAGCUUCUCAGGGUUCAUACAUUCCAGUUCCAGGACCACCAGGACCUCCAGGUCCUCCCGGAACUCCAGGACUCUCCUUUGUGGGACAAAAGGGAGAACCUGGAAUCGGAAAAAGUCACAUUUUUGGUGAAAGGGACUAUUAUGGUGCGAGACAAGAUACAAGUUAAAAUUUUUUAAUAUUUAAAUCUAAAAACACUUUUUUCACGCUGCAAGGAUUCAGAAGUAGUUUGGACGAGUUGAAAGCUCUGAGAGAGUUAAAGCAGCUCAAAGAAUUGAAAGAGCAUUUAGGAACUGGAACUGCCUCGACGAGGGGACCGCAAGAAAGCACAACGAAAAUUGUACCGGGGGCUGUGACAUUCCAAAAUACUGAAGCCAUGAUCAAGAUGUCAGGUGUUAGUCCUGUUGGAACAUUAGCCUACAUCAUUGAUGAAGAGGCUUUACUAGUUAGAGUCAAUAGUGGCUGGCAAUAUAUUGCUCUUGGUUCUCUUUUGCCUAUCACGACACCAGCACCUCCAACGACUGUUCCACCUCCAGCAAAUCCACCUUUUGAGGCUUCAAAUCUCAUCAAUCAGAUAUCAAUAAAAGCUGAUGGAACAGGAUGGUAUCCACGAAUGCUGCGAAUGGCUGCUUUAAAUGAGCCCUUUACUGGAGAUAUGCAUGGAGUUCGUGGUGCUGAUUUCGCUUGUUAUCGACAAGCUAAACGAGCAGGCUUAAGGGGUACUUUCCGCGCUUUUCUGAGCUCGAGAGUUCAGAAUGUUGACAGCAUAGUUAGAUUAGGAGAUAGGGAUCUACCCAUUGUAAAUAUCAAGGGAGAUGUCUUGUUCAAUUCGUGGAAAGAAAUGUUCAAAGGAAAUGGAGCAUACUUCUCCCAAAAUCCGAGAAUAUAUAGCUUCAAUGGAAAAAAUAUUCUGUCCGACUUUACAUGGCCUGACAAGGUAGCUUGGCACGGUUCGCACACACUUGGUGAUCGUGCAAUGGACACCUACUGUGAUGCCUGGCACUCAAGCAGUUCGGAUCGGUUUGGACUCGGUUCCUCAUUAACCGGAGGUCGAUUACUGGAACAAAUUCGUUACUCAUGUGACAACAAAUUCGCUCUCCUCUGCAUAGAAGUUACCAGUGAACUCUCUCGCAGACGAAAACGCUCUGAUGAGUUUUCGGACCCAGAAGAUGACCCCGAACUCACAGAAGACGAAUACCAAGAACAUUUAGAACAACUUUUCCAAAACUGACUCAGUAAUAUACGUAAGACAGUAAAAACAAGCAAAGAACUCUCUGUACAUAACAAGCCGAAAUGUCCAAGUAUGAUCACAGACAGAUUUGACCCGUCGAUUAUCUUUGACUGAUACAUAUCUAAGCAAUCACAGCAUCAUCAAAAAAACUAGAUGUCACAUGAUGUGGAUACUUCAUCCUUUUAUCGCAUUUUUUUAUCAUCUCGCUUUUAUAUCAAUUUUCUCCUAAGUAUUUGAGUUUUUUCAUUCAUAAUUAGGGAGCGUUCAUUACGCUAGCGGGCUGUGUGAAUGGAACGAUUACGCAAUUGCUUGACCGUAAAGUGACCUUUCUCACAUUUAUAUUUAUUUAUUUUUAUUUAUUCUCGUGUUAAAAAGUGAAUAAUUAACAUUUGCAUGCGGCUUUUA